AUGGAUGCCUUUCGAGCUCCAGAGAAUAAGACGCGCUGCAGCGGCGAUGAAUACGUCCAGCCCGGCUCUACCGACACUACCGUCCAGCUCGUUAUCUCCUUGACCUUGGGAAUCUCGGCCUUCCUCGCCUUCUGCACUCUUCGCCCACGAUGGAAAAGCCUCUACACAGCGAGAAAACGGCGUCUCGAGUCGGCCUCGCUCCUCCCCGUCCUUCCCGACAGCUUCCUUGGCUGGAUCCCGGCGCUGUACAGGAUAACGGAGCAACAAGUCCUCGCAUCCGCUGGCUUGGAUGCGUUCGUCUUCCUGUCCUUCUUCAAGAUGUCCAUGCGCCUGUUCGCCACCCUCUUCGUCUUCGCGACCGUUGUCCUCGAGCCCAUAAAUCAACGCUUCCUGCAUCCCCCCACCGACGACCCGCACAAAUCAUACCUUUCGACCAUAUGGCGUAGCCCCCAGACAGGGCUAUUUCAUGAUGCAGGUCUCUCGCAGUGGACCUUGGAGGAUGAUGAUCCGGAGGAUGGAGAUCCCGACAACAGCUUCGCCCCGGGCAUGGGGUACCUAUGGGCGUACCUCGUGUUCACGUACUUCUUCACCCUGCUCACCAUGUACUUCAUGAAUAAGGAGACAUUAAAGAUCGUCCGGGUGCGGCAGGACUAUCUCGGGACUCAGUCAACGGUCACCGAUCGCACGUUCCAGCUGUCGGGCAUCCCAAAGGAUCUCCGGACGGAGGAGAAGAUCAAGGAUCUGGUGGAGAGGCUUGAGAUCGGCCGGGUUGAGAGCAUAACGCUCUGCAAAAACUGGGGUCAGCUCGACGGACUCAUGCAGCAACGAGAGGCGAUAUUGCGCAAGCUUGAGGAGACAUGGAGUGUCUACCUCGCGCAAAAGCCGGUCCAUUCCAGUGGGGCCGACACUCCGGGGGGCGCCGAUGACGUCGAUGGCGUCGACGCCGGCAUCGACACACCUGGUCCGGAUGGACCAGGUGGUGUCGCGGAUGAGGAGUCCGGUGAAAACCGCCGCUUACUCGCUGGUCCGCCCACAGGCCGGCUCGGCGAGAGACAACGUCCGCAGACGCGCCUCUGGUACGGCUUUCUGGGUUUGCAGAAUCGGCGGACAGACGCCCUCGACUACUACGACGAGAAGCUCCGGAGGCUUGACGAGACAAUCCAUGCGGCCAGGAAGAGUACCUACGACCCCGCCGACCUCGCUUUCGUGACCAUGGAUUCGAUGGCGGCCUGCCAGAUGGCGAUUCAGGCCCUCAUCGACCCCCACCCCGGCCAGCUUUUGACGAAACCUGCUCCCGCACCUUCAGAUGUUGUUUGGGGCAAUACCUACAUCUCGAGAUUCAAGCGCCGAGUUCAAUCAUGGGGCAUCACCGUCUUCGUCGCAGUCCUUUCAGUGGUCUGGUUGAUCCCCGUCGCCUUUCUCGCCUCGAUCCUCAGCAUCUGUACGAUUGAAGAGGUCUUCCCGGAUUUCGCCGAGUCUCUCAAGCGCCAUGAAGUUACCAAAGCUCUAGUGCAGACCGGUCUUCCGACUGCGGUUGUCUCUCUCUUGGGGGUUGCGGUGCCUUAUCUCUACGACUACCUCUCGUACCAGCAGGGGAUGCGAUCUCGUGGCGACAUCUCGCUCUCCGUCAUCAGCAAGGUCUUCUUCUUCACCUUCUUCAACAUCUUCCUCGUCUUCACCGUCUUCGGCACGGCUACCGGCAUUCUUCCUUUCUUGCGAGAGGGUCUUCGGGACACGACCACCAUUGCCUCCACUCUCGCCACCAAGAUACAGAACCUGAGUGUCUUCUAUCUCAACUUCAUCAUGCUCCAGGGCUUGGGUCUAUUCCCCUUCCGCCUGCUCGAGUUCGGCAGCGUUGCCAUGUAUCCGAUCUACCGGAUGGGCGCCAAGACACGUCGAGACUUUGCCGAAAUGGUGGAGCCGCCAGUCUUCAACUACGCCUUCUAUCUCCCCACAGCAUUGCUGGUGUUCAUCCUAUGUCUAGUGUACAGUGCCAUGCCCGGGGGUUUCCUGGUGUUGCUGCUCGGCUUCGUCUAUUUCGUGCUCGGGCACUUCACCUACAAGUAUCAGCUCCUGUAUGCCAUGGAACAGCCGCAACACGCAACGGGCGGCGCGUGGCGCAUCAUCUGCUACCGGAUCGUCCUCGGGCUGGUCGUCUUCCAGCUGACGAUGUCGGGGGUCCUGGCGCUGAGGAAGGCGUUCAUCGAGGCGUCGCUGGUGGUUCCGCUCUUGAUCGGGACGCUGUGGUACGGGUACUAUUUCAGGGACCGCUUCGAGCCGCUGACGAGGUUCAUCUCGCUGCGGAGCAUCAAGAGGGGUGGUGAUCCCGGGGCCAAUGCCAUUCUCGACGAGGACUUUGGAGGAGCUGGCGGCCAGGAGCGAGAGCAGCUGGUGAGGGUUAGUACCAUCGAUGAGGACCGCGAGAGGGGCUCGAGGUUCGUGAAUCCAAGCCUCGUCACACCGUGAGUAUACCCCCAUAUGUCCACCGUUCCCCCGAGAUAUCAUGUCUGACCAGAUGCUAGACUGGAGCGACCGUGGAUCUAUGAAGACCCACCCCCUCUGGUAAAUUCCGAAUAUGAGGAUGCAGAAGGUGAUGUGGGGAAUAGCAAUGGCAGUGGGAGUGGAGAUCCGGAGCGACCAGAUAAUUCUAGAAACACAGG